UUAGUUAUGCUUUUCUGUUUAUUUGGGGCAAGAACUUCAGCUCUUGAAAAGUUGAAAGGGAAAAAUGGUAUAAAGUCACUGGAAAAUGCAGAAUAUGGAAAUAAAAACAUCAAGCUAGGCUUGUGGUCUGAGUAUAAAUAGAGUGAUGCAUCUAACCAUCAAAAGAUUCUCUGUGUUUUUGCCCUAGGGAUUUGGAAUUUUCGCUUUUUUGUAGCGUUUUGAUGCUUUUCUUUAUCUUCUUGUCAAGUUGAGAUCCUCAUCUAUAAAAUCUUCUUGGGUUUUGUCUGACUUAUAAAUCUGAAGGAGAUAGUUUGUUUCUGGGUUUUUAUUUUUUGUAAAUACUGCGCGUAAAACAAUCUCUGUAUUUUUCAGAAUAAUUGGCCAUGGUGAGAGGAAAAUUUCAGAUGAAAAGAAUUGAGAAUGCAACGAGCCGGCAAGUGACUUUUUCUAAACGUCGAAAUGGGUUGUUGAAGAAGGCUUAUGAGCUAUCGGUUCUUUGUGAAUCUGAAGUCGCAGUGAUUAUCUUUUCACAGAAAGGAAGAGUCUAUGAGUUCUCGAGCUCUGGGAUGCAAAAGACAAUCGAUCGAUACCUCGAAUACAAAAAAGAAGUGCUAGCUAACAAGCCUGAAGCAGAAGAAUACAUGCAGCAUGAUAUAGCAAACAUGGUGAAGGAGAUUGUGAGUAUUGAAGUUUCUCAAAGGAAGCUUUUAGGGAAAGAUUUGGGUUCUUGUAGUGUUGAUGAACUCCUAAAUAUUGAAGAUCAGCUAGAAAGAAGCUUGCACACCAUUCGAGCGAGAAAGGCUCAGCUAUUUAAGGAGCAGAUAGAGCAACUAAAAGCAAAGGAGAAACUAUUACUGGAAGAGAAUGCAAGGUUAAGUUUAAAGGCAUCAGCUCGACAGAAAGGUGCAAUCCAUAACAGCCAAAGCUUCCAGAGUUCAGAAAUAGAGACUGAAUUAUUCACCGGACCAACUGAAAUACGUUUCCUCUAGCCAGAAAUUUGCUUUCCACGUAAAAUAAUUAA